AUUCCUCUGUCACAUGCUUUUGAGUUCACGGCCCUUUGUGCAUCCUCACAUCACAUAUAAGACUCCGAUCAGGAGGCAGGUUUCAGUCGCUGAUCAGAAGAAACACGAGCGAGCAGAGAUGGCGAGCAAACCUGUGAGUGCCGGCAGCAAAAGACCCAGAGAUCCUUCUGUUCAGGGGGUAAAGGUCAAGUUUUUGGUCAAUAUACCUUUGAAGGUGGAUUCAGAGGUUGAGGCAAAGAAGAGGUAUGGUUAUCUGCUGGAGAAGCUGCCUGAAGGCUUUAGACAAGAGGACAGGAUAGCUUUGGAAGACGUAGCUGUGAUUUUUGGCAUGAACGGAAAAUACACUGCAGAAGUAGACAAGGCUCUGAAGAAUAUCAAAGAAACUCUAGAUACCCCUAACCCUCAUUACGCACAUAUCAAGCACUCUGUCAUCACCUACACCUGGGGAAAAGGUGGAACAAUAGCACAAGAUGUUCCGGACCCAAAGCCUGACAAACCAAAGGACUGUGUUCCCUACCAGGACAUUCGUGAGUAUCUGAAAAACCACGAUGAGACAAAGAAACUUGUGAAAGAGUUGAGGGAUAAGGAUCCAAACUGUCUGGUGUACUUCAGUUUUGUUGAUAGUGACACGGUCAACUUUAACUCCAUCUACAGUGAAUACAUACAGAUUGUGCAAGACGAGCUGAGGAAAGACUCCGUCCCUCCCACUGUGAUGUCGACUGGUUACGAGGUCAACCGCGACAGCGAGCAUCACAUUGCCACUUGGCUGGACCGCAUGACUCGGGUAGCCGUGGCAGAAGUCAAUCCCCUGCUUGCGUACUACCCAGAACCUAACUUCUGUGUCUUAGUGAAGCAGGGAUGUGACACCAUAACGGAGAGUUUCAUCAAGCCAAAAAGGAAUAAAAACCAGCGUAAUAUGGAGUCAGCAGUUCUAAUCAAACAGAUCAGAAAGGAACGCGGUGAAAUUAAAGCUGUGUUUUCUGAUAGACAGCCAAUCCACAUCCUUGUUCCUGAGAGGUUCGAGCUUAGUGGCAAAGGCCUGAAUACCGGACAGUCGGCCCUGAAGGCAAGGACUUUUGCGAUCUGUACUUAUGCUAACGGGGAACUCACACACGCAAGAGUAUACAAGAGUCAGCAGCCAGACACAGUGAUAAAAGGCAAGCUGCCUAAAGGGAUAGCGGGCAUUAACAGAGGCUUCAUCAUUAACUUAUAUGACUGCAAAGACGACAAGAAAUUCGAAGAGCUGGCUAAGCAGAACCCCUUCGACAUCGACGGAGAAGUCGCCACAAGCCUAGUGGAGGCCAUUAGAGCAGCGAGAGAGUAUCGAAAGUUUCUUGAUGAAUUUGAUGAAAAGCUCAAGGAUUAUUAAUUUCAGCUGAUUGUUAUAAACUUCACUUAGAUGAAGCACUGCUUUAAUCAGCAACAUCAGGAAGCUGUCAAUCAACCAGAUUUCUUCUUCAUCUUCUCUCAUUAUUUUUAAAAAUCUGUAGACGUUUGAUUCUGGAUUAAUAUAUUACAUUUAUAUAAAUAUACAGUCCAUAUAUCCUGCUUAUGUCAUUGUUAAAGAAAAAAUCUAAUAAAAGCUGAUCGUAGCCGUAACUUCU